AUGUGUCAAGAUCCCCCAGCCCCUGCAACCCACACUGGCGGUGCCGUCAUCGAGCCCGAUACCGAUGAGACAGACUCGGCUUUCGGCAGCGACGACGGCCGCAGCGACCUCACUUCCCUCACCUCUUCCAUCCUGAACUACGAGUACAAGAAUGGCCGCCGCUACAGCGCCUACAAGGGCUCCAAGUAUUUCCUACCCAACGACGAGGCCGAAUGUGACCGCAGCGACCUGAUCCACCACAUCUACGGUAUGCUGCUGGGCGGCCGCCUCAUCCUGGCCCCCAUCACCAACCCGCAGCGCAUCAUGGACGUCGGCUGCGGCACCGGCAUCUGGGCCAUCGACGUCGCCGACGCCUACCCGUCGGCCGAGGUCGUCGGCGUCGACAUCAGCCCCAUCCAGCCCAACUGGGUGCCGCCGAACCUCAAGUUCAUCAUCGACAACGUCGAGGAGGAGUGGACCUACUCGAACAAGUUCGACCUGAUCCACUUCGUCAACAUGAACGCCUGCAUCACCGACUGGCCCAAGUUCCUGCGCCAGUGCUUCGACAACCUGCAGCCCGGCGGCUUCCUCGAAGCGAAAGAAACCGACACCACCAGCACCUCCGACGACGGCACCUACCCGGACACCUGCGCCCUCUACAAGCUCCAGGAGACGAUCCGCAGCGCCAUGGACAAGCUCGGCAUGACCAUGCACGCCCCCGCGAAUAUGAAGCGCUGGAUGCAGGAGGCCGGCUUCGUCGACGUCCAGGAACAGAUCUUCAAGCUGCCCUUCAACGCCUGGCCCAAGGACCCGGAAAUCAAGCAGAUCGGCCGCUACCAGCUCGUGCAGUACCUGGACGCGCUGGCGCCCUACGCGCUCGGGACGCUGGUCGAUAUCCUGGGCUGGACGCGCGAGGAGAUGGAGGUCGCUGUCGCAGAGGCGCGGAAGGAUUUGAAGAAUACAAAGUUCCACGGUUACAACACGCUGCGCGUCGUGACUGGACGGAAGCCGCGCGCGGAUGAGUAA